UAUGUUUACAGUUUCGCAAGAAAAAGAGAGAGAUUUCCUGUAGAAUCUUUGCCCGGUGAAAGUGAAAAAUCUGAUCUUAAUCCAACAAAAGAUCACACUAGACAAAUCCAUUAUACCAACAAAACAAGGAGACACAUGCUCGUUUAUUGACAUUCACUUCUUCAAGAGUAGUGAGUAUUCUCUGACACUUGAGUAAGUCUCCACAACAUGGAUUUUCUCUCUUAUGUCUUCAAAUCGCAGUAAAUUAAAAUGUAUUAGUUUUUAGGCUCAAUGUUAAAAAGUAUAAACAACUUGAGCUUGCCUAUGAAACAUCAUUUUUUUCAACACACCCACAUAUUAUGUACUAAUGCACCAUCAUAAAUAUAGAACUAUAGUUCUUGAGAAUUAAAUGUAUAAAACUAUAGUUGAUUCAUCAUUAACACACCCACUUAUGAUCUCCAACAUUUUUUUUACUCUCUAAUUUUGUGUUUUUUCUCCCUUUUUGUUUCUACUCCAAGAAAGCUAUUCCACCUCUCCAAAUUCAACGGUGCGCUUUGUUUUGUUCCAUUAUUUUUUUUUUGUGUUGUGAUCUUUUUAAAAGUCAUAUCGCAAUGUUUCUGUUGUAGUUAUUGGUUUGAAGUUUAGAGAAUGGGGUUCAUUAUUCUAGGAUUAGGAGCAGAUUGGGUUAUUGCUUUUAGCCUCUAGGUUUUUUAAGGAUUUGUUACUUUUUGCUAUACGGGAUUAUUAUUUUCGAUUUCUGGUUUUCGACGGGUCCCCUCGGGGUCCACUCGUGUUUGCUCCCAUCAAAUUUCUGUGCUGGAACACUUCCAUCCAUUUAUUGCAGCUUCGGACAUUGACCGCAUUUUUCAGAUAUUUUAUUAUGGCAAAAAGAAGACGUGUGCUUUCAACGGAAGAUGGCUCAGACGGCCCUGUGACAGCUUCAAGACGUUUAUUUUUUAGUUUACCUCCUCCGUCUGUAACUGAUAUGGCUAUGCCAAUUAUCUUUGACCCUGAGUGUUCGCAUGCUCCAACUACUGAGUCGAGAAGUUUGCGAGAUGAGACUUCACAAAAAAGAAAGAGGCGUGUUCUCGUUGUUGACACUGAUGGGAGUGUUCCACUCUCGCAAGUGACAGGCUCUUCUUCUAAAAGUGGUCAAGUUUUCUUUGGCCCAACAAAUGCGAUCCCUUGUUCCAUAUUGUCAAAUGGCUGCUUGCGCCGAUUGGGUUCCGAUGUGACGCAACGGCCUUUGUCUAAUAAUGUUAAUGUUUCACGGUCUAAAUGUUUAUCUAAAGCUUCUUGUGGACAAAGGCGCUCAAAACGCCGCACAUCAACUUCACGCUCGGUUAUGCAAAAAGAUAUUGAGAUGUUCAGAAGAUUAAUUGAAAUACCCAAUAAGGCUUAUGAACUACCGCAUAAAGACCCUUGUCAGCAUUGUAAAGCUAUUCGAUUCGCUAAUGAACCUCCCGCCUUCUGUUGUGCAUCAGGUAAAAUAAAGAUGCAGUUGCCCAAAAUGCCAGAUGAGUUAUGGAACCUCUAUGUAAAUGAUAUGACAACUUUGGGGGUCGAGUUCCGUCGGCGUUGCAGGACAUAUAAUAAUUCUUUGGCAUUCACAUCUAUUAAGAUGACUUAUGAUGAAGCUUUGGCUAAAGCUAACAAAGGGGUUUACACCUUCAAAGUGCAGGGUAUUGUUCGGCAUUAUAUCCAUGAACUAACACCCAAGGAUGGUGUGCCGAGGCAUUUGCAGUUAUAUUUCUAUGGCACUGAGAGAGAGUUGGAUAAUCGUGUAUCUCAAUCUGAAGGAUUAGACCGUGUUAUAGUUUCAUUGUUGGUGAACAUCUUGACUAAUAAUCCAUACCAUAAUUUCUUCACCAAUUUGCAAAACAAGGAUGACCUGGAUAGUUAUGCUAUAGUGUUGCGUGCCAAUCCUAAACUUGACCAACGUGUUUAUAAUCUUCCAGUAGUUGACCAUGUUGCUGCAGUUUGGAACGAGGGUGUGGGAACAUCUAUGGAACAACCUCGUGAUAUUAGGGUCAACCUAAGACCAGGUGGUGUUCGCUAUGUGCACUAUUACUAUGGAUGCUAUGAUCUUCUCCAGUACUGUCUAAUCUUUCCGUAUGGCGAGCCAGGUUGGUAUGCUGGAAUACCCAAAACUAUUGACAACGUUGAUUUGAAUUUGGACCAAACUGAACAAAAUACUGAAGAUCAUGAAAAUAAUACUGUUGAUCCGCAUAUGCACGAAGAAGCUGACACCCUACUUGUUGCCGAACAAAAUAAUUUGUUGAGGAAUUUCAAAACUCCUUCAUGUGUUGCUAUGAGAGAAUAUUAUUGCUAUCUGUUUCAAAUACGCACCGACGAUAUAACAAAUAUCCUUAGAACUGGUCGAGUAAUUCAACAGUUUCAGAUUGAUACUUAUGUUAAGAUCGAGACACAAAGAUUAGAUUUUUUUCGUCAUAAUCAGUUAAAGUUUGAAAUGAGGGCUGAAUCGUAUCAAGGGAUAGUUGAGAGUAUAACAUCUAAUGGUGUUAUUAGUGCAAAAUCUGUUGGUAAGCGUGUUCUUCUUCUUAAGACCUUUAUAGGUGGCCCGCGUGAUCUACGUUGUCGCUACAUGAAUGCGCUGGCACUUGUCGCGAAAUUUGGACGCCCAGAUAUUUUUCUCACAAUGACUUGUAAUCCAAAGUGGGUGGAAAUUCAAAGUGAAUUAUUUCCUGUUGAGAAGAGUCAUAAUAGAGCUGAUUUGUAUGCAAGAGUUUUCAGGGAAAAAAAUGAGGAACUAAAAAAGGAAAUUGUAAAAGACUCUUUGUUUGGGGUAGUUGCAGCUUAUUUUUAUGUGAUUGAAUUUCAGAAAAGAGGCCUUCCACAUGUUCAUUGGUUGAUAAUAUUACAACCACGAUAUAAGGUGACUUCAACUGAGGCUUAUGAUCGAUUUGUAUCUGCUGAGAUUCCAGAUCUUGACCUGACUCCACAUCUACAUUCUUGUGUUAUUAAUCAUAUGAUGCAUGGGCCAUGUGGUGAACUCAACCCAAAGAAUGCAUGCAUGAUAGGGGAAAAAUGUAGAAGUUAUUAUCCUAAAGAGUUUAAGUUAAACACUGAACAUCGGUUGGACUCAUACCCUGACUACAGGCGUAGAGAUGAUGGAAAAAAGGUUUUGGUGCGUGGCAAGUGGUUGGAUAACAGAUGGGUGGUCCCUUAUAAUGCUUAUUUGUUGGCAAAGUUUGAUUGCCAUAUUAAUGUCCAAGUUUGUACGGAUAUUAGAUCAGUGAAGUAUCUUUACAAAUAUGUUUGUAAGGGUAAUGAUCAAAUAGCAUACAAUAUUGUUGAUGUUGAAUCUACAGAGCCAAUAGAUGAGAUUUCUGAUUUUCAAAAGUCACGGUGGCUUUGUGCUCCGGAAGCUAUGUGGCGAAUUUAUGGAUUUGAUAUUUUUGAUAUGUAUCCAUCAGUUUUGCAAUUACACGUGCAUUUGUCGGGGUAUCAACAGGUUUUCUUCGCGGCCAACCAAUCUCUUCCGAAAAUUGUAGAUUCUGAUCGUGCUAACAGGACACAACUUACAGAGUUUUUUGAGAUGAAUAAAUUUGUUGAAGUUGCAGCACUAAAUUUAUUGUAUCGGGAAUUUGUUGAACAUUUUGUAUGGAGCUUACAAAAUAUGAGGUGGACACCGCGCUCUAGGUUAGGGACAAUUGGUAGACUUGUCUCUGUCAAUAUUACAGAAGUGGAGCGUUUUUAUCUAAGGCUUUUGUUGAAUCAUGUUAGGGCUCCAACAUCUUUUGAAGAUUUGAGAACAUCAACUGGAGUAUUGUUUUUGUCUUUUCGGGAGGCAGCUCUUGAUAGAGGCUUGUUGGAUUCUGACAACGAUGUUAGGCAUGCGAUUCACGAAGCUGCAACUUAUCAAAUGCCGUCUGCUCUGCGGAAAUUAUUUGCGAUUAUACUUGUUUUUAAUUCCCCUUCUGAUCCCAAAAAUCUGUGGAUUGAAUUUAGAGAUGCUUUAUCUGCUGAUAUAAUGCGGGAUUAUCUAUUAGACCAUGUAGAGGGUUAUCGAUUAUCUCUACGGUCCAUUGAUUCUUUUUUGCAAAUGAUGGGUCAUGGGAUCGAUGAGUACUCUGUGGUCGAUUAUAUAGUUGGGUUGACUCGUGAAGAGAUAAAUAGUCGUGAAUUUGCAGCUGAAAUUAAUAUGCCAGUUGCAGAAUUUGAUUUAGCUUCGGUGGGUCGUUUUAAUGAAAGACAACGCUUUGCUUAUCUUGAGAUAAUGUCCAGUCUUGCUUCACCAAUUGGCUCAGGCUUUUUCAUUGAUGGUCCUGGUGGCACUGGAAAGACAUUUUUAUAUAAGGCAAUCUUGGCCACUGUUCGUUCAACCGGUGACAUUGCACUUGCAGUUGCUUCAUCUGGUGUUGCAGCUUCUUUGUUACCAAAUGGUCGAACAGCUCAUUCUAGAUUUAAAAUUCCGUUAAAUUUAGAUGAAUCUAUGUCAUGCUCGAUAAGCAAGAAUACUGCGCCUGUAAAGUUAAUAAUUGCAGCCAAGCUAAUAUUAUGGGAUGAGGCAUCGAUGGCAAAUCGAAAGGCAGUUGAAGCUUUAAAUUUAUUGUUGCAAGAUUUGAUGGAAAACCAGUUAUUGUUUGGUGGGAAAACAGUUGUUCUUGGUGGAGAUUUCAGGCAAACUAUACCGAUUGUUCGAAGGGGUUCUCGUGAAGAGAUAGUGGAUGCUUGUUUGGUAUUUUCAUCCAUAUGGCUUCUUAUUCGAAAAAUUCAUUUGACACAGAAUAUGCGGGCAAUGGAGGAUCCUGUUUUUACAGAUUUGUUAUUGAGGGUUGGUGAAGGCAUAGAGCCAAAUGUUCAUGACGAUUAUAUUAAUCUUCCUGAUGAUAUGUGCCUUUCUUACCAUGGUUCAGAUUCGCCUCUUGACACACUGGUCAAAGAAAUAUUUCCAUCAUUUGAUGCAUAUUCUAGCGGUUCUUCGAGCCUUAUAAAUACCGCUAUUUUAACUCCUAAAAAUGAAUGUAUGGGGGAAAUUAACGAAUCAUUGAUUGGAAAAUUCCCAGGCAACAUGGUUGAAUAUGUUAGCACGGAUUAUGCAAACGAUCCAAGUCAGCAACAAUACUAUCAAGAUUAUAUGAAUGCAAUUAGUGUUGGUUCAUUGCCACCACAUGUUCUUAAAUUAAAGGUUAAUUGUCCUGUUAUGUUACUUCGCAACUUAAAUCCAUUGGAGGGGUUGUGUAAUGGAACACGUUUAAUUGUGCGUGAUCUUGGUAGGCACGUGAUUGGAGCAGUCAUUGUUGUGGGGACCCAUUCUGGUGAAUAUGUUUUAAUUCCAAGGAUUCCAUUGGAGUUGGAUGAUACACACAUAUGUCCAAUUACUUUUAAGAGGCUGCAGUUUCCGCUAAGAUUGUGUUUUGCUAUCAGCAUCAACAAAUCUCAAGGCCAAACAUUGGAUCGUGUUGGUGUUUAUUUGCCUCAUCCUGUUUUUUCACAUGGACAGCUAUAUGUUGCUUUAUCAAGGGUCAGAACAUCAAGUUCAAUAAAAUUCCUGAUUCGACCGCCAGUUGCUGAUAUGGAUUCAACAUGUGAAACAAGAAAUGUUGUGUACACUGAAAUUUUGCAAGCGGCGACAUGA